AUCACUCCUUCCAGACCAACAGCUCAGAACUCCUGAUACCAUGCAACAGAGCAACCCCACUCCGACGCCUAACUUGGACGAGCUCGAAGUACGAGGCGAACGAAUCAAGGAGCGGGUGGACUUGAAUUAUUCCCUAGCGCAAGAGCUUGAACGAUCUCUUGACGAGCUGGAUCCCCAAAUACAGAGCUUAAGGCAGACAUCCCCCACCCUGACCACUUUCAUGCAACAGCCUCCAACAGCCUCUGCCGGCUACUCGAUGGCCCCACAACCAUCGAAAAGACUGCGUUGCGAAAUACCUCCGAUUACGCCCAAAACGCGACCCAAGAUUCCAGUCCUUGCCGCCAAAGGCUACCCGUUGCAGAAGCUCUCGCCCGAUCACGAUCCAACUGUGCCUAAGGCAAUGGCCCCCGUCGGCUUGAACCCUACGUCGGCUCAGAUACUUGAUUGGCCUCGAAGGGGCGAUGCGGCCCAUCGGAUUUCAUUUAUCCUCAAUCCUAACAUGAACCCUGCUAAGGAAAAUAAGCGAGACCUCGAGCCUCCUUCAGCCAGCUCAGUGAACUCACAGGAAGCUGAUAAUCCCUGCUCCGAGGAGUCUAGUCGACCAAGCCUGCAGGGUCUCUCCGACUCUUUCUCGACAGUCUCGAUCCCCGGAAGCGGGACUGCGGCUCCGAUCCGAUUGUCUGGCGAAGAUACUGAUAUGGAACCGAAGUUGAUGCAGAUGUAUUGUACCACGUUCUUUAAACGUUAUUCUAAUCGGUUGACUUGGUCUCCUACUGAGAGAGCAAGCGCAGAAAGUCUCAAAAGGGCGUCCGAUCUUCUGCUGUUCGCAAUUCUCAGUGCAUCCGAUCCAAAGUCCACACAGCCAGGAAUGGGGUCUACCUACUACCAAAAUGCUUUGACUAUGAGUCGCCAGACAGUUUUUCCAGAAAAAAAUUACAACAUUCACGAUCUAAAGGGGAUCAUGAUAUUAGCAAUUUAUCAUGGCCUUCAUUGUGUUUGCCCUCACUUUGUGUCUCUUUGUUUGACUUUGAAGUUACACAAAGUUUUUGUCAAGCUCACUGAUCCAAAUCUUCGUGGAGAAGCAAAUGAAGCCGAAUUGGUCGAGAUGGGUCGAACUUGGUUACUUGUGGUAAUCUAUAGUCACUUUUUGUGCAUCUUUAGCAGGAAGCUUUACUUGAUUGGUUCGCCCCCUGAAAUGAUCUGUAAUCACGCGAAAACACUGGAAUCAUCAAAAUUUGUACAGCCUUGUGAUCGACUGAUUAAUGCCCAUGUCAACUUAGUAAUGGUCUUAGCGCUCGCCCAAGAUAAAUUAGACCCUCGGAAUUACUCGGGAUGCAUGAGCGAGAGGAAAGAGAAACACGUGUUACCGGAAAUAUCGCUCGUCAUGCUCGAAUUAGAUCAAUGGGCGACCGAUUGGAAGUUCCAAUGUCCUCAACUCUUCACCACCAAGUCCAUGGGUCCUCGAAGGUUUUUACAAAACGCUCAGCAAUAUGUGACAUUAUAUAUCAUGCAUGCGGCAAUAUGGCCAUGUCAAGAUGGAAGGAUGAUCAUCACUAAUCAACGUCGAUAUCAAUGGGCUCUCGACGGCUGCCAUCAUGCUCAAAAUAUCCUGGAGGCCGUGCUUGACUUGAAAGACGAGAUUGAUGCUAACGAAGAAGACGAUUCGCAGCUGUGUCCAGAUGACUUACCGCUCAAUAUCGAAUACCAUAAAGCAACUCUUGGUCUAGUGACUGGCUAUCUUCUGUGGAUUAGCUUGAUCAUCCCAGGCCACGUGAAUUUGGAAAGCUAUCUGGGACUGUUUCGGAGAUUACACGGGCUCAAGUUCAAAUUCAGCUGCGAAUACAUCGAGAUCAUCGAGAAGUCGAUCCUGAGUAUCCAUGAGAUCCUGAGUCUCCAAGCCAUCCACCCCGAUCCUCAUCAUGGGCUUCCGGAUCUCGAUCAUCAACAGCUGUCCUAUAAGAUCGGAACUAGUCUGCAAGAGAAGGGCUGUCAGUUGGGCCCCAAUGAAUCCCGGCUCGGCUGGGUCGGCGAAUAUUCCGCCGCUGAUCGCUCCUUUCGGAUGGGUGACGAUAUGGCUAAGGAGCUCGAUAAAUUGAUGACCGAUACCCAGUUUUGGUUUCAACUCGAAUUAGAAUAAUCCCAUCCCUUUUUUUUCUAAAACAAAAAAAGCCUUAGCUUUGUCCUUUUUUUGUAUCUCUUACUUGAUCAACUCCCCCCUCCCCCUAAUUAGUUUUGUCUUUCUUUCUGUAGUUGUAAGUAAUAUACAUAUACCGUUGGACUUGAUGAUUUGCUGAAGAUCAUCAUACAUUUUGGAUCCUAGUCUACUCCAUCGGAAAACCGACACCUGUUUAUUUACUUGGAUUCUUGCUCGUUUAUUGCCAUCACAUAUAUAUAUAUAUAGGGGCCUGUACCAUUGAGCUUUUCAAGGACAUCGAAAGUCGGGUUCUCUGGAUUUACCAGCUGGCUCAUCUUUCCUCCUCCUC